AUGUUAGGCGAAAGGAUUGCUCUCGUUACUGGCGCCGCGCAAGGUAUAGGACGUGCCGUUGCAUUGCGACUCGCCGACGAUGGCUUUGACGUGGCUGUCAACGAUAUGAUACCGAAGGCUACGGAGCUCGAAGAGCUUCAGGCGGAAAUUGAAGGUAAAGGCCGUCGGGCUUGUGUGGUGCUCGCGGACAUAUCCGACGAGAGGGGGGUUCAGAGGAUGGUAGACGAUGCUGUAGCUACGCUCGGCGGGCUGGAUGUGAUGGUUGCGAACGCCGGGAUCACACUGCUGAAAGGAUUCAUGGAUACUACCGUUGCUGAAUGGGAUCGUCUUUUCGACGUUAACGCGCGGGGAGCCAUGCUCUGCUAUCAGAUUGCAGCCAAGGUUAUGAUCAAGCAGGGCAGGGGCGGUCGAAUCGUCGGUGCCUGUUCUUCGGCUGGAAAGAAAGCAAUUCCUUCAUUCAGCGCUUAUUCUGCCACCAAGUAUGCCGUGCGGGCAAUUACGCAGACAGCUGCCGCAGAGCUCGGUAAAUAUGGCAUUACAGUCAAUGCAUACGCCCCUGGUCCAAUUUCGGGACACAUGAUGGACAGCAUGAUUCUUGAGACCGCGUCGGCCGUUGGAGCGGAUCCAGAUACGAUCAAGAAACAACUUAACGGUGCCGCCGCUGUAGGACAUACCGGCGAGCCACGAGACGUGGCGAAUCUGGUUUCCUUCCUUGCGUCUCAAGAAUCUCGGUUCAUCACAGGCCAAACUAUCGUGUGCGAUGGCGGGGUCAUAUAUGAUUAAGAUCGAAGGAGAUCGACGCGCCUCGAAGCUGGAGUUCAUGCAGAAUGCAUUCGGGAUUCAGACUUACUCACUGCCCGCGGGGAAUUCGUGUCAAUAGGUGUACAUCGGUGUAUAUGCGCGAUAUGAAUAUACU